AUGAUGAAUAUUGAAACGUUGCUACAAGCAGCACAAAUAUUGGAAAAUCAGCAAUCAAUACCACCGAAAAAACGCUUAGACAGAGGCGACCGACAUACUGCAAUUAAUAAUAACAAUAAUAAUAAUGUUCCUACAAGUGUUUUAUCUCCAGCCACAAUCAAUACAAAUCCUACAACAACAACAAUAACAACAACGACACCGACAACCUUAGUAUCAUCAACAACAUCCUUAUUGAAAAAUGAUCAUAUCAAUGAAUAUCCUCAAGUCGAUCAUAAUCUAAAUUUUCAUCAUCAUAAUCAUCUUGUUCAACAACGUUUGUCAUUAGAUCAAAACGAUGAUGACGAUGACGACGAUGACGAUGAUGAUGAUAUGAAUAAUCAAAAUAUUAAUAGAAAACAUGAAAUAUCAAAUCGUAAUCAAACAACUUGCUUUCGUGAUCGUGAAAUCCACAAUCGACUAGAAAAACAUCGACGAGCUCAUUUAAAAGAUUGCUUUGAUAGUCUCAAAGCAGAAGUUCCAUGUCAACGUGAUCGGAAAAUUACCAAUCUUCAAGUACUCAACCUAGCUAUUAAAUAUAUUCAGACUUUAACACGAAAAGAACGUGAAUAUGAACAAGAAAUUGCCUCGUUAACAUCCCGUAGUAUUGAACUACAAGAUCGUCUUGGUUGUCUUAAAACUGAAUUAAAUUCCGAAGGACAUAAUGUUGACACAUGGCUUGACACAUGUUCUGAUAUUGAUUAUUCAACAUCAACACGUACAGCUUCUGAAGCUGAAAUGUAUCGAACAUUAGAUGAAGAUGAUGAUGAACUUGAUCAUAGCUCUCACCUAAAUAAAAAACCUAUUGAUGUAAUAGUCAAUCACAACCUUCAUGGAAUAAAAACAAAUUCAUAUUCAAUCGAUCCAAAAACUAUAGUGAAUAAUCGUAAAUCAACAAUACGUCAAAGGCCAAGACCAUCAAAACGAAAAUUACAAUCAAUUCCAACUACGAAUCUUUUACAAACAUUAUCAACUUCAUUACCAAUUAAUAAUAAUACCAAUACUACUACUACUACUAAUAAUAAUAAUAAUAAUACAUCUCGUUCUGAAAAUUUACUUGAUUUUAACGUUGCAAGACAUCUUCAUCUUAAUGAACCAUGUAACUUAUUAACAAAUAUUAAUUCACGAACAAAAGAUACAUUAUCUUUAACGACUAUAACGGAUAUUCGAUAUGAUAUUGUUGAUAUGUUUACGAAAGGUACAACUUCACAUUUGCAACAACAACAGCAGCAGCAGCAACAGAUUUCACCAUUACCGUCCAUUGCGAGUCUUAUGAAUAGACAUUCAUCGCAGCCCUCACCGAUUGUUUCACCUACAAAACAAACUAUUGGUAUUAAUACAGAUCCGUUAACAACAUCAACAACCAAUAUUCUUCAUCAAUCUGUUGCAACAUCGUGA